GGGGGCCGGGGCCGGGCAGGUUGCGCCGCUGCGCCCGCCCCUCCAGCAGCGGGGUGGCCCCGGCCCCGGCUCCGGCUCUGCCCCUGCGCGGCGGUACCUACCGCCGCCUGCUCCCGGACCGAACCGGACCGGCGACGGACGCGGCCUCCGGGCGCACGGGCACGACACCUCUGCCUCGCUCUUCAACAGAAGUGGAUUGUGAAUUUAAGCCUUUGAUAACUGCAGGCUGUCAGCAUUACUGUCUUCGAGAUAGAUAACAACUCCCAAAGCAUCUUCAGGGGAUGCACCAUGACAUCAGCAGUGAUUGACACGGGAGACCCGGGUCUGGAGUUUGACAGCAAUGAAAUAAAAAAUCAAGAGGAAAAUGAGCCAGUCUCUGAAUUCCCAGCAGUGAUUGUGGAGCCAGUUCCUAGUGCGAGACUAGAACAGGGAUAUGCUGCGCAGGUCCUGGUUUAUGAUGACGAGACUUACCUGAUGCAAGAUGUAGCAGAGGAACAAGAAGUUGAGAGUGAAACUGUGGAAACAGUGGAGGCAUCGGUUCAUGGAAGUAAUGUGCACUGCAGGGAUAAGACAAUUGAAGCUGCAGAGGCCUUGCUUCAUAUGGAGUCUCCUACCUGCCUGAGAGAUUCCAGGAGUCCUGAAUUUAUCCAUGCAGCCAUGAGACCUGAUGUGAUCACAGAAACGGUAGUGGAGGUAUCAACGGAGGAAUCUGAACCGAUGGAUGCAUCUUCUGUUCCAACUUCUCCUGAUAUCCAUGAACCAAUGAAAAAGAAAAAAGCUGGCCGUAAACCGAAGACCCAACAAAUACCUGAUGGGUCUCCAGAUCUGGGUAUAAAGAAGAAACCUCGAGAAGGCAAAGGAAAUACAACGUACUUAUGGGAGUUUCUUCUGGACCUUCUCCAGGACAAAAAUACUUGUCCUCGAUACAUUAAAUGGACUCAGCGAGAGAAGGGAAUCUUUAAACUUGUGGACUCAAAAGCUGUUUCCAAGCUAUGGGGAAAACACAAAAACAAACCUGACAUGAACUAUGAGACUAUGGGAAGAGCUCUGAGAUACUACUAUCAAAGAGGAAUCCUUGCGAAAGUUGAGGGUCAGAGGCUUGUGUAUCAGUUUAAGGAGAUGCCAAAAAAUAUAGUUGUCAUAGAUGAUGACAAAAGUGAGUCCUGCAGUGAAGAUUUAACAAUGCCUACAGAUGAAAAGUCAUUGGAAAGAGUGUCUUUAUCUGCAGAAAACCUUCUAAAAGCAGCAACCUCUGCACGUGGAGGAAAAAAUCCCUCUCCAUUAAGCUGUACCAGAACAGAAAAAGCAGUCACCAGAGUUGUGAAUAUUGCCUCACCAACGCGCGAUACAUCAUCAUCUCGUCCCUCAACUACCACUACUACUGUCCCAGCAACGACAACUCCAAGGACUGUACGUGUGGCAAUGCAAGUGCCUGUUGUAAUGACCUCUCUGGGACAGAAAAUCUCCACCGUGGCAGUGCAGCCGGUAAAUGCAGGGUCACCGUUAAUAACCAACACAAGUCCAACAACAGCAACAACUCCAAAGGUAGUAAUCCAGACAAUCCCUACUGUGAUGCCAACCUCUGCUGAGAACGGAGACAAAAUCACAAUGCAGCCUGCCAAAAUCAUUACGAUCCCUGCCACGCAACUGACGCAGUGUCAGUUACAAACAAAAACAGGCCUCUCUGGGUCAGGAAGUAUUAACAUCGUGGGAACCCCGUUGGCUGUUAGAGCACUAACCCCAGUGUCUAUAGCUCAUGGGACACCAGUAAUGAGACUAUCGGUGCCUGCUCAGCAGGCAUCUGGCCAGACUCCUCCCAGGGUGAUUAGUGCAGUUAUAAAAAGUCCAGAAGUCAAAUCAGACACAACGGCUUUAAAACAGGAUCGUGAAGUGAAAACACUGCAGCUGGUAAAAGAAGAGAAGCCGGCAGAGGGAAGCAAGACUGUAACCCAUGUAGUAGUAGUUAGCACGCCCUCAGCUAUUGCUCUUCCUGUAACAAUGAAAAGAGAAGGAAUCAUAACGUGUGAGAAAUGAAGAAUUGGCUGCUUCCAGCAUGGACUUGUAGACUGUUACGGUUUUGAAUAUACUGACAUAAUUUGGGGGGGGGGGGGGGGGGCGGGAAGUGAUGCAAUCACCAAGUCGAAAAGGAGAGUUUUGAAAUGUCAAUAAACAUGCAUAUGUUGAAGACUUACUGCAAAAAAAAAAUUAUUUUCCCGUGUUUCAGUGGGAAUUGAACCACAUUUAUAAUGCUGACAAAAACUUCCUCUUCCAGUUGGGAAACAGCUGAACCUACAGAGAAGGCAAGAGAGAGGAACUGAAAAGGGACCAAACAGUUCACUACGUUACCCGUUACCAAGUUACACUAAGACCUGGAACACUAAAAAGAGAGCUGUGUGAGAGGUUUGCCUUGGCUUUUAGUUUUCAGGGGGAGAGGAAAGUCUCAUUGUUACAAAAUUUGAUGCAUGUUCUAUGCAUACCAGCAAUUACUACUGUGUGCCCGCAGUACUCAACUGGUGCUAUGUGAAAAACUCUGCUCCUAGGUAUUGUAGAAUGUGAAAUAAAGGAGAAGAUUAAAGAGCUUUUAAAUGAAGACAGAGACCUAGAGGGAUUUUUUUUUUUGUAUCAUACAGCUUAAGCAGAUUCAAAAUGAAAGCCUUAGACUGAUUUUCAGUUAUCUUUCUUGAAAUAAGCUAAUGGCUUGUUUGUGUAAAGCUUUUUUAUUAAAACAAAUUUUUUAAAAAUCUUGUACCUAGCACAGUAUUGUUAUAGAAUUACAUGUAACAUAUUUUGUAUGGUAGUUAAAAGUCUGUCUAAAUUUCUUAAUUGUGGACAAAAUGGCAGCAGGCUUUCCGCCUUCUGCUGGAACAUACCUGUGUCUCUCACUUAGCCUUGACAUCCGUGCAUACAUUUCAGUUUCAGCUCUACCCUGUCACUUGAAAGGUCACGCCCAGCAUGAGCUUUUGUCAGGUAGUUCUAAACCUGUAAAUUUUUUUAGUUGAAGUUAAAGAGGGAAGUACCAGUGUUCAGAAUGAACUAUAAUAGUUUGUAUAUUCAACAUUUGAAGUAUAUUCUAUUUUGUUGUACUCUUGUUUCAAAGUGUAUUCAAGUAGGUUUUACUGAAAUAUAGAAAUGAAAUUUAA